AUGAUAACACACAAACAAUCUUCCCUGGAAAAAACAGGACAAAAAGGGGGUAGAAAUGUCACAUACUCUGAAUAUCUACCUCAUUAACAGAGGAAGAGGAGAAGAAUACAGAGAGGUCUUCAAGGGAAAGAGAUCAUGAUACGACAGAACCUGGGUCGAUCCACUCGCUCCAUCUAUCUGGUUCUGGCGUGUCUGUCUCUCGCUCUCCACCUCCUUCUGGCAUUUUUUUGUCUCUCUGUCCUCCAGACAGUCUGUGUCCCUCCCACCUCCUCCUCUUCUUCCAUUCCACAAACAGAUACUCAGCAGCGUCAGUCCACCUCACACUCCUCCUCUUCAGCUGUCUCCUCUUCACAUAAACUGCCAUUGAUCUCCCACAAUGAGGAGCAUCACAAACUGAAUGCCAACACCUUACACCGUAAAGAGAAAGACUCAAUCAGUGAUGCCACUGAGAGGGAAAAGAAACUGAUUGGAGCUAGAAAAGGGAUUCAAAAGGUCAAGGGCCAUUCUAAGCUGGAGGCGUUGUUCAAGCAUCCGCUGUACAAUCUGCCACGUCCAGAGCUGCAGGACGAUGAUUGGCUGCUGAGGGUGAAGACAAAUGAACAUAAAAGUGAUAGAGGAAGUGAGGAAGAGGAAAUGAAAGAAGCCAACGAUAAUGACAGUCAGUGGCAGAGUUCCAGUGAAGAGGAAGGCUACGACAAAGUCACUUGGACGAGCGACGUGGAGACCCACCCUCCCUGGCUACGGUUCCACCUGGGCAUCUCUCGCUGGGAGCUGUACAACAGGAAGGAUCCCAAUCUGGCCCAGCUGACUCACUAUUUGGCAACGCAACGUGUCCUCGGUGCUGUUCAGAAGACAGGAGGCACCCAGCUCAAACUGCUCAUAUCGUUCCCAAACUACGGAAAAGCUCUGCUGAAACCCAUGAAACAAUCCAGAGACGCCGAGACGGAUGCAAACCUCUUCUACUUCUCAGACUUUGAAAGACACAAUGCAGAGAUUGCUGCCUUUCACCUUGACAGAUUGUUGGGCUUUAACAGGAUCCCUCCAGUGGUCGGUCGACUCAUCAAUGUCACCUCGGAGAUCAGAGAGAUUACCACUGACCACAGGCUGUCUAGGACCUUCUUCACUUCCCCUGUGGGGAACGUGUGCUUCUAUGGCCAGUGUGAGUACUACUGUUCGACAGAGCACCCAGUGUGCGGUCAGCCACAUGCGCUGGAGGUUUCCCUGGCUACCAUGCUGCCUGACCUCGCCAUAGCUCCCCGCAGAUCCUGGAGGUCACCAUGGAGACGCUCCUACAGCCGCUCCAAGCUAGCACAGUGGGAGAAGGACCCGGCCUACUGUGACACGGUGAAACAGACGCCUCCUUACAACCACGGCAACAGACUGCUGGAUGUCAUAGACAUGGCUGUACUGGACUUCCUCAUGAGCAACAUGGACAGACAUCACUAUGAGACGUUUGAGAAAUUUGGCAAUGAGACUUUUCUGCUGCAUCUGGAUAACGGAAGGGCGUUUGGGCGUCACUCUCGGGAUGAGCCGUCUAUUCUCACUCCAUUGAAACAGUGUUGCAGGAUAUAUCGCUCCACCCUCCUGCGCUUGCGUCUCCUGUCCCUCCCUGACUUCCGUCUGAGUGAUGUCAUGCGGGAGUCGUUGGUCCAGGAUCUUCUGGCGGGCGUGGCCCCCCUCCUCUCUGAACCGCACAUCUCUGCUUUGGAUCGACGCCUUGAAACCGUCCUGCAGGUGGUGCAGGACUGUCAGGAACACCACACAGAUGUUAUUUACGACGACUUGGAAGGUUACGAUCAAGACUAUGAUCAACAGCCAAUUUAAAAGAAAUUAAAAAUUACAUAUUUCUGUCAU